AUGGAGAGACAGAAGAGAAAACAAGAAAUAGAGAAAGGACUUCAGUUCAUUCAGUCCACAUUACCCCUAAGCCAAGAAGAUUAUGAGGCCUUUUUGCAGAAGCUGGUGAGAAACCUGUUUGCAGAGGGCAAUGACUUGUUUCGAGAGAAGGAUUUCAAGCUUUCGCUGGUACAGUAUGUAGAAGGGCUGAAUGUGGCUGAUUAUGCAGCCUCUGACGAGGUGACCAUCCCAAAGGAACUCCUGUGCAAGCUGCAUGUCAACCGAGCUGCCUGCUACUUUGCCAUGGGGUUGUAUGAGAAGGCACUGGAAGACAGCGAGAAGGCUUUAAGUCUUGACAAGGAGAACAUCCGAGCACUAUUCCGGAAAGCCCGUUCCUUAAAUGAGCUUGGAAGACACAAAGAAGCAUAUGAGUGCAAUAGCCGAUGCUUGCUGUCCCUCCCACAUGAUGAAAGUGUCACGCAGCUGGGACAGGAGCUUGCCCAGAAGCUGGGACUGAGGGUUCGAAAAGCAUACAAAAGACCUCAGGAAUUGGAAACAUUCUCACUACUCAGUAAUGGCACAUCAAUCAGUUUGUCAAACCAGACCGCUUCCAAUGGCUUGGGUUCGAUAGAUGACAUCGAAACAGACUGCUCUAUGGACCUGCAGUGCCUCCCAGCUCCUGUGGCCACCUCCAUCCCUGUGAACGAGGGGCUGGCUCCUUUGCCCUCUGAUUCAGAUGCAAAGGGCUUGCCUACCUCGCUCCCUGCUGCUAGCUUGCUCCCAUCUCCAGACUGUGUGUCCCUGCCAGUGCCUGACGGUGUGGAGGACUUCACAGAUGGAGACAUCAUUGGGGAAGAACUGGAUUCCCUCCUGGACUCCCUCGCUGAAGGGUCACCAUAUCCUCUAUCUCUGGUCCAGGGCACCAUUCCUACCAACCUGCCAACAGAGAUGCCCCAGCUGAUCCCUGUGUUUCCGGGGGGAACUCCGCUGCUGCCCCCAGUUGUGACAGCCAGCAUCCCUGUCUCCACCCCGCUGCCACCUGCCUCCUUUGGCCUGGUGAUGGAUCCCACCAAGCAGCUCUCCUCCUCCUCCUCUGUCCUGGAUGCCUUUGAGGCCCCGCCAGGAGGAAGUGGCAGCUCCCCCUUAGAUUCGCUGGAUUCCCUGGAUCUGCUCCCCUACACAGACUCACGGCUUGAUGCCCUGGACUCUUUUGGGACAAGCAGAGGGUCGCUGGAUGCCUUGGAUUCCUUUGCCAUUGAAACUAGCCCUCAGGAACUGCGACACCCACCUGGCAACCAAAAACCAUCCCCCGUGGUCAGCCUUAGUGGAGUGAGUCACCCAGCUGUGCCCAGGGUCACUGAGCACCUGCUGUCACAGCCGGAACCAGUAAUGCCCAACACAGCCCUGCUGGUGAAGAACCCCCUGGCAUCUACUCAUGUCUUCAAACAAGCCUGUCAUAUCUGCUACCCCAAAACAGGACCCAAGGCUGGUGAUUAUACCUAUCGGGAAGGCUUGGAGCACAAGUGCAAGCGGGACAUUCUGCUGGGCAGGCUGAAGAACUCAGAAGACAAGACCUGGAAGAGGAUCCGUCCUCGCCCAACCAAAACCAACUUUGUAGGCUCCUAUUACCUGUGCAAAGAUAUGCUUAACAAGCAGGACUGUAAGUACGGGGAUAACUGCACCUUCGCGUACCACCAGGAAGAGAUCGACGUGUGGACGGAGGAGAGGAAGGGGACCCUCAACCGUGACCUCCUCUUUGACCCACUAGGUGGGAUCAAGCAGAGCAGCCUCACCAUUGCCAAGCUCCUCAAGGAACAUCAGGGCAUCUUCACCUUCCUCUGUGAGAUUUGCUUUGACAGCAAACCCCGGAUUAUCAGCAAAGGGACUAAGGACACACCAUCUGUCUGCUCCAACCUUUCUGCCAAACACAGUUUCCAUGACAACAAGUGUCUCGUCCACAUUGUGCGUUCCACCUCCCUGAAAUACUCCAAGAUCCGCCAGUUCCAGGAGCACUUCCAGUUCGAUGUGUGCCGACAUGAGGUGCGUUAUGGCUGCCUGCGUGAGGACAGCUGCCACUUCGCUCAUAGUUUCAUCGAGCUUAAGGUCUGGCUGCUGCAGCAAUAUUCAGGAAUGACCCACGAAGAUAUCGUGCAGGAAUCUAAGAAGUACUGGCAGCAGAUGGAGGCACAUGCCAGCAAACCAGCCAACAGCAUGGCUUCUCCCCGUGCUCCCACGUCAAGCACCUUUGACCUCCAGAUGAAAUUUGUAUGUGGCCAGUGCUGGAGGAACGGGCAGCUGGUGGAGCCAGAUAAAGACCUCAAGUACUGUAGUGCCAAAGCCCGCCACUGUUGGACGAAGGAACGUCGCGUCCUGCUGGUGAUGUCCAAAGCAAAGAAGAAGUGGGUGUCUGUCCGACCACUGCCUUCCAUCCGCAACUUCCCACAGCAAUAUGAUUUGUGUAUCCAUGCACAAAAUGGCAGGAAAUGCCAGUAUGUGGGCAACUGCUCCUUUGCCCACAGCCCUGAGGAGAGAGACAUGUGGACCUUCAUGAAGGAAAAUAAAAUACUAGAUAUGCAGCAGACCUAUGACAUGUGGCUAAAGAAACACAAUCCUGGGAAGCCUGGAGAGGGGACACCGCUCACCUCGCGAGAAGGAGAGAAACAGAUCCAGAUGCCCACUGACUACGCUGACAUCAUGAUGGGCUACCACUGCUGGCUCUGUGGGAAGAACAGCAACAGCAAGAAGCAAUGGCAGCAGCACAUCCAGUCAGAGAAGCACAAGGAGAAGGUCUUCACCUCAGAUAGUGACUCCAGCUGCUGGAGCUACCGCUUCCCCAUGGGCGAGUUCCAGCUCUGCGAAAGGUUCCAGAAGAGCAAGGUUUGCCCCGAAGGAGAGGAGUGUCGCUAUGCCCACGGCCAAGAUGAGCUGACGGAGUGGCUAGACCGGAGGGAGGUGCUGAAACAGAAACUGGCCAAAGCCCGCAAGGACAUGCUGCUCUGCCCCAGGGAUGACGACUUUGGGAAAUACAACUUCCUAUUGCGGGAUGGUGUAUAG